AUGCCCACGCUGGGGGCGGCGAGCGCCCAGCAAGAGGUGCGAAUCAGACCCGCCGGUCUCUGCUCACCAAAGGUGCUGCACGCGGUGUUCUUCUUCGGAAAAGUGCACAGGAUCCCGGUAGCCCCCUCGGAGUUCCUAGAGCCGAGCCUCUGCACGGCGCUGCAGGCGCGCUUCCCCAGACCGUUUGACCAGUGCGGCACCCACCUCCCCAGCAUGACGCCGUACUCCAUCCUGCUGGAGUUCGGCACAAAAGAAGCAGGCUGCAGCACCAAAGAGAAGAUGGAGGCCUUCUUGAUAAAAUUUAAUGAAGCUCUGCAAAAAGCCAUGGAGGAUGGAACACCUGCUCUGAAGCCCUCUGAAUUCACUUUCAGAGCUGCAGUUGUGGCUCACAGCUUCUACAGUGAUGUCCAGGAAGGAACAGGUUCCCCUCUCUUCUUUGGAGCAUCCCUCUCAUGCAAGGGGAGGGUGGAGAGGGAGAUCAUGAUUAGCGUGUCGUGCAUGAGAACAUGGCACAAGGCAGUGGCCUUUGCGGUGUAUAAUGCAAAGUAUGGGCUGGCCGUUGUUUUCCCUGACGGAGUGCAGAGCCGGGCUUUCUGGUACCAUAAAGGAGAAUUCAAGGAAAAACAACCCUGUCUGAUUUGCAACAAGAUGUUCCAAAAUGUGGACUUUCGGCCACCCCUAGAUGAUGCCAAGAAGCCCCUGUGGCCACACGGGAACUGCGCUGAGAACGAGAGCUUGAGCAACCUGCUGUUGGGCGUCCAGGGGCUGCAGGAAAGAGUUGUCUCAACACAUGCGUCCCUGACGCCAAACACAUACAUGUCCAUUGAGCAAAAUUUUACAGCCUUCAUGGAGGAAGAUUUUAGAAAUCGGCUCAUUCAGUUGCUUCAAGAAAGCAAUUUUCCUCACCAUUCUCUCCAGUUUUUUGAGCAUGAGUGAGUGCUGAGAAGCAGCCGCAGACUGGCACUUGCUGCAGCUCCUGAGACCUCCCGGGUUAGGGCAUUGCUGCAGCAGAGCCUGCUCAAGCCUGUGACAACUCCCUCCUGCCCCAGUCUUUCCACACACUGCCCAUGGUCACCCCAGCACGCUUUGGCUGGCACAAGGCAUGGGGGCAAAAGCAGCCAGCAGGAGACCUGCACACAGAGCAGCACACAACUGUGCAGACGCUCAGUCUUCAAGCCAGGAGCUGUGUAACCACCUCACCACCGCACUUCCCCCCAUCCUGCCACCCUCUGCAAGGCACAGCAGGACACAGGAGCCGCGGAGGCCUGGAAGCACCACGGCUUGUGCUUCUGUGAGUGCCGGGCUGCUGGCGCUUGCCCCACUGCCUACAAGCACUGCGACCACCUCUCCUGUUCCACAGGGCCCCAGUGCAGCUCUAGAGAACACACAGGCAGCCCCUCUCCCCUCCUUGCCUGUAUGCUGCUUCCAAGCUUGGGCUACGAGCUCACGUGAACGGGCUCUCUGGACACGGAAAGAGGCGAGGCGAGGGCAGCUGAACGUACAGAGCCUUCAAAUUGUCACCAGCACGAGGGAGCACAGUUCCCACGUCCCUGCGAGCAGUGCCGUGCUGGGGAUACCCCUUUGCCACUUGUUGCACUCCAGUACAUGGGAUUCCUGUUGCUUUUAAUCUAUGUAAAUAAACAACAUGUUUACA